AUGCCAGCAACAAGCUUGUGCCAAGAAGAGGACUGUCCUCCAUACAGCCUCAUGGAUGAUUACAGCGAAGGAGCCCACCCAUCAAUCCUCGAGGCUCUCCUGCGCACAAAUUCCACACAGCAAGCCACAUACGGAACCGAUGAGUUCAGCAUUGCUGCUCGCCAAUUAAUCCGGAAUAAGAUCGGCUGUGCCGAAGACGAUGCAGAUAUCUUCUUCGUGCCCAGCGGCACAUCCGCAAACCUUAUCUCAAUCGCCAGCUGCCUCCGGCCCUACGAGGCCGUCAUCACCCUCGAGUCCGGCCACAUCGCCUGCAAAGAAGCCGGUGCCAUCGAAGCAACCGGCCACAAGCUGAUCUUGGUGCCUCCCGUUGACGGCAAGAUGACACCUACGAAUCUUCAAAAGGCAAUUCAACAAAACCAAUUCUUCCCUCAUAUGGCCAAGCCCCGCCUUCUUUAUAUCUCUCAUGCCUCGGAAACCGGAACCGUAUACACGAAACGUGAGCUCACUGCCCUCUCGGCAAUUUGCAAGCAAUCGAAUCUGCUGCUUCUCAUGGACGGAGCACGAAUCGGCACAGCCCUCGCCUCAAAAAAGAAUGAUCUCACACUCGGAGAUAUCUUCGAUAUGACCGAUAUUUUCUGGAUCGGAGGCACAAAAGCCGGUGCCCUGAUGGGAGAGGCGAUCGUCGUCAAAAAGGCACUUGCCGAUGGCUUUGUCUUCCACCUCAAGCAACACGGCGCUUUACUAGCGAAGGGUCGAAUCCUCGGUGUUCAGUUCAUGGAGCUCUUCCGAUCAGAUUUAUUCUUCCAGCUGGCAACACAUGCCAAUGAAAUGGCACAGAGUAUCUCAAUCAAUUUCGAGAAACUGGGUUAUAGAUUGGCUGCAGAGACGGAGACAAAUCAGGUUUUUGUUAUUCUUCCACAGCAAUUGGUUCGGAGACUGCAGGACAGAUUCCGGUUUUAUGUUUGGGAGCAACUUGAUGACGGAAACUCCGUGGUUCGGCUUGUCACGUCUUGGGCUACGGAUGAAUUGGAGAUUAACAAGUUUAAUGCUUGGGUGCAGCAGUGGACUAUCGCGGCCAAUUGA